AUGGAACUUGCUUAUGGCGAGAACGUUUACAGAAGCAUAAAGGAAGUGUGUCCCAAUGCUGUAUCAGGAAAGCAGAAAGGACUCUACUUGCAAACAAAACCAGAUAAGCCUAAGAUUAUUCUGGUCAGCCUGAAGUCUGGCAUCAUUAAAAAUGAAAGAAUCUACUUUCAUACGAAAGGAGACGACCAUCAAAUAGAUUUAAAGCUUAACUGCAGAGAGCACUUGACGCUCUCCACUACUCCUGUCACUCUGCAAACUAGAAAGGUUACCGAUGAGGAGGAUGUUGGAGAUCUAGUGCUUAUAAAGUUUGGCACAACAGAUGUAUCUCUGAGAAGUCCAAUUUAUCCAGCUGUCUGUGAGGGCCUGAUCCUCAGUAAGUUUUUGAACUGUUAGUGUUAAAUAUGUAGACUGUUAUAUUUAAGAAAUACUAAUUAUUAAGAAACAGUAUAUGUAAGCUGAUGAAUGAAAACAUGUGUAUGAGAUACUCUGAUAUUAGAUAACGUUUCAAAAGAGCUUGCUGAAAUAAGCUUAAGGGAGACACACAAAUGUUUUGUCUCACUUAGUCUCACAAUAUUAUAGAAUAUAAUAUUGAUAAUAAAUGAAAGAGGACACAGUCCACUCUAUUUAAACGGGCACUUCACCUUGAUAAAAGAGACAUAUAGAGAUGGUCCCCACCUAAUCUUAUUAUUUCUGUGAAAGGUUUGAACCCAGGAGUCAUUUCAAAAGUAGGUUGAGUUUAAUCGUCCGGGUGAACGUAGUCCUGAGAGAAUGACAAUUUGACUAACAAUAGACGACUGUUUAACUGUGACAAUAGACGGAUUAAAACGCACCAAUUACUGAUUAUGAGUCUUCAUAGCCAAUAACAUCACGGCUUAACUGACAGACGACCAAUAACAUCACGAUGUAAAUUGACCAAUCAAAUCAAUAACCAGAGUAAAAUACCAUCAACUGACGUGAUACAACUCACUUUGACUCUGAACAUGACUACCGCACAGGUUGUCGAAACGUCAGUCACUGUCUGGAGAACAAGAACAGUCCUAUUCAGGACUACGUUCACCCGGACGAUCAAACUCAACCUACUCUUAUUAUUUCUCUUUUCCCUGUAUUCCUGACUCUCCAUUAAGGACAGACAUCACUCUUAGGUGGACAUUUUAAGUGCAGGUCCCGAAAGGUGUCCAUCUUAAAGAGAGUUGAAUGUAUUAUGUAUUAAUAAAAGGAACCAGUACUUUUGGCAAAAGCUAGGUUCAAGGAACUUCCUAUACAUUAUGAGAAAAGGCAGGGCUGGAAACAAAAUGUGAAUUCCAGCCUGUCCUUUUUGGCAAGCAGGUCACAGAUUUUGCUUCCCUGGGCCACUUCUUGCUUGCCUUAGUCAAUGAUUUUGUUAGAGGACAGUAAGAUGAAAAAUUUACUUGCCCAGCAAGAAAUUUACUUUUCCUGGACUACAGGAUGGGACUUUCCUCAAGCCCUGAAAGGUGACUUUACAAGAUAACAAUAUAAUUAUAACAAUAUAGUUAUUGUAUUUUAAUAUUUAGCAACGGAAGCAGCCCAGUGUUUUGUGGUUCACAUUAUUCCUAAUGGUCAAUUAAACAACAGAGGAUAUAUUUCUAACAAAAGGAGACAGGAUCUUGGUACUGCCUUCUUCUCCUAAACUUUUUUGUUCCAUUGUGUGUUUUUAACAAGCAUUAUUACCCCUUUUAUUCAGAAUUCCGGCCGAAAGUGAUAUCGAUGGAUGAAGAACCAGUGAAGAUAAGGAAUGGAGAUGGAAAGCGUGUCCUUGUGAAGAAAGUCAAGUUUGACACUGGUAAUGAUGCAGGCACAGCCAUAUCCAGUGAUUUUGUCCAAGAGCUUGGCCUGGAGCCGGAUAGAAGUAAAAAGUCCCGCAUGGUUGGAAUUGGAGGUCCCGUGGAGUGCUUCAGAGUAAAGAUCUCUCUUUACAUUCGAAAACAUCAUUUCAAAGUUAAUGCCUUAGUGGGUGCUGUUACCCCUGGGACAGAUCUUUUGGUAGGAAACGAUAUCAUGGAAAAACUUGAUAAAGAAAACUAUACUAUCGGACAGUAA